GAUUCAAGUCAGAGAAUUAAUGAGUCUAUAGAUUUCCAGGUGGAGAAUAUAUAUAUAUAUAUAUAUAUAUAUAUAUAUAUAUAUAUAUAUAUAUAUUGUGGAGCUUUCAAUUAAGUGAUGAGAUGGGUAUAUAUUGUGUAGAUUUCCAGGUGUAUUUGAAAAGCUGGUUUUGACAAUGAGAUGGAUGAAGCCUGAAGGUUUUCUCAUGCCUUCUCUAAAUACAUAUCCUUAAAUUUCAUCUUUACUCAUUAACAAUUCCCAUCCAUCAAAUCUUUUGUUAUUUUCCUCUUGAUUCUUGUUUCUUCUUCUUCUUCUUUCUGUUGCUGCAAUUGCCCUAGAAUCUGAUAUGGAGCCUUCCCAGACAUAUGGAGCCCAGGAAGAAUCCCAUAGCAGUGAAUCAGGGUGGACAAUGUAUAUUGGUUCCCCCAUACACGGCGGCAGCGACGACAGUGGCAGUGAAAAAGCUGCUGCUGCUGAUGCUGAUGAUCAAAGUGAUGAUUCAAUGGCGUCUGAUGCUUCUUCAGGUCCAAGACGUCAGAGCCAUGGAAGAAAGGGGUUGUUUCUUGGACAAGAGAGGUAAGAAAUCAAUGGAGAAACAAAACCUUGAGGCAAUGAAAAACAAACAAGACAAAGAAGUGAAGAAACAGACGCCAUUGAAGCCCAAACGAGCUCUAUCCGAUCCUUGUCCGAUAGGUUCCAAGUUAAGACAAAGCAUCUGGUUUGGUGAACGAAACUAGAAACUGCUUCCUUUCUUCUUUUUGAUGGA